AGGUGGUUUUGCAGGAAGCGCCGUGACAGCAGCCGAGGGGAAGAAGCACCACACACUCCGAGACACCAGUCAGUCGAUGGUUUCCAGUCUCCUGUCGCUGAACGAUGUCAGUCAUUAAGGAUCUUCCAGAAAUGGAUGGAGCAGACCUGCUGGGGCUUCUGUUCCAAGAUGGAGAGGACGAAUCUACUGAGCCCUUCUUUCCUUAUGGGAACGGGCUCAUCGAAUCCUGGCUGUCUGAACAAGAUAUGCUGACAGGUAUGGACACUGAAGACUUUCUGUCCAGCUUGUUGGAGGAAGAAGACAACAAGGGGACCAUCGGUCCCUCUCAUUCUCCCCUGGGCAGUGACAGCGGCAUUUCUGAUGACAGCAGCACUGUACCUGGAAACACCAACCUUCUGGGAUGCCCGAGUCCCCACAGCAGCGAUAGUGAUGUUGUGCCCAGCCCAAGUUACUCUCAGCCCAGUCCAGUGCCCUCGGACCCUGCCCUGGUCCCUGGAGAGGUGCACACAGAGAGCCCGGAGGCCCUAACAGUCCAGUCAGAUCACUGCUACUCUCUGCUGCAGGGCGAGGGGAAGGACAUGGAUGCCCUGCAGAGUGUGAGGGCAGAGAGGCCAGAUACAGAUGUCUUCAUUGAUCUGGACGACCUGGUGACCGAGGAAAUGGACAUGGAGGAGGACAUCACCAGCGAGCUGCCCUGCACUUUGUCCAUAGAGGACUCAACAGAGGAUUCCAUGGUGCUCAACACAGACGAGUUUCAGUUCGAAGACAUUGUUCUCACUGAGGAGGAGAAGCGGCUUCUGGCGAAAGAGGGAGCCUCCCUCCCCUCACACAUGCCUCUCACCAAGGCAGAGGAGAGGACCUUAAAGAGGGUCAGGAGGAAGAUCCGCAACAAGCAGUCUGCUCAGGAGAGCCGCAAGAAGAAGAAGGUGUAUGUCGAUGGACUGGAAAACAGGGUUGCCAUCUGUACUGCACACAACCUGGAAUUACAGAAGAAAGUCCAAAUGCUCCACAAACAGAACGUCUCUUUGAUAGAACAACUGAGGAAGCUUCAGUCCAUCGUGAAGAUGUCCACUAUGAAGGCCAGCACUACCAGCACCUGUGUUAUGGUUUUCCUGCUCUCUUUCUGUCUCAUCAUCUUCCCGUCAGUCAAUCCGUUCGGUGGGAACACAGCAGAGAAGGAGAUCUACACACCCACAUCUGUUAUCUCCCGAACCCUGCGCUCCGUUCCACAAGAAAGCACAGACGCCCUCUCCUACCUCGAGCCUGAAGAGGAUGUGCCCCCCUUCGUGCCCCAGGCGGAGGUGGACAACGUGAAAGCCAUCUUUGCCAUGAGUCAGAAGAACCACACCCCUGACUACCAAAGGGUGGAGCAAACCGACUCGGAGACCAGCGUCAACAGCAACUCCUCGGCAGACUUCCCCGCCCCUGCUCAGGCCACAGAGAUGAAGCCUGGUCCUGCUGGAGGAUUAGGGUCUUUACAGGAAGGAGCCAUUGACGCGGUCAUUCCGUCCACCGAUGCAAAUGAUAACUGGAUAGAUCGGAACCCGCCAUCUGUCAUAAUACAGCAGCACCGCUCUGAUGAGAUGUAGUUGGGGGAUAUUUAUCAUAUCCAGCAGAGGAAGCCAUACUCCUAAUGAUUUGGAUGGAAGAGGGAAUCUUAUACUUACAAAAAGGAGGAAGGGGGAAAAUACAUUAAUCAUAAAGACCUAGGAUCAGUCUGUCCGUCCCUACUUUUCCCCUCUAACCGCCUUCUCGUGUACUACUGUUACUUUGAUUGCACUUUGUUCUGAUUCUCUACCAAUGAUAAAACAGGAGAGAGAUUCCCGUGUUCCAACAAUUUAAACUACCUGAGGAAUAAGUGACGCAGCAGAUCUGUAUUGCUGGAGGCUUCUUGCUAAACACAGAGGCCUCACGUUAGUCUACAAACCAGUGGUGACGGCCAAAAUUUGUGAAUUUGUCAGCAGCACACCAAAAAAAUGUAUAAUGAAGCGGCAGAAGCUUAUUCAAAAGGAGCAUUGCUUGAUUCUUUUAAUCAUUCAACACGAAGGGUGCGUGAAUCUGAUCUGUUCCACUAGCUCUUAGCGUGCGCUGCUCGAUAAUAAUCCUGCCAUCGUAUUAGUCGUGAACAUCCAUUGCUUCAGAAUCAGCCGGGCUGUUUGUUUCUCAUGAAGCUUGGUCACCAUAUUGCUUAAAGCCAUCGCAGGACAUUUAGAAGACUUGUGAAGUUUGUUAGUGUUUCCCUUGUAACAAGGGUAUCAUGCACCUUUAGAAAUUUGGAAUGCCUAUUUUUAUUAUUUUUUACAUUCAUGUACAGUAAUUCAAGAGAAAUGUUGUCUUUAAAUUGUAGACACUGAACCGUUUGACCUCUUAACCCCAGUCCGCCCCUACAAUCUCCUGUUUUACAUCAAAGUACACCUCUUACAUUUUAUGAACCUAUCUGAAAUAUGAUGACCUGUUCUGUCAGUGAGGCAUUUUUGUCAUUUUCUGUGUAUUUAUAUCUUCGGUUACUGUCAGUGGUAAAUGGAAUCUAAAAAGUAUUGGAACUCCUUUUUUUUUUAGUCGAGGUUGAGAUUUUAAAUGUUGCUCAUGUUGAACAAAUGCACUGACAUUUGACGGUUAAAGAAUGGAAUGUAAAUAAGCUUCAUUGAUUGUCGCUCUUCUGUACAUUUGAACUCAUUAUGUAUAAACAUGUCUGGACAUCUAUGAUAAUAAUAAUAAACUUUUUAUAUAUCAGAA